AUAAAACGGUCACGUCAAUUUGAAUUUGACGUAUCGUAUGUAUGAAAAGAUUUGAAGUUUGAAGUUGUAUUUAAAAGUUCUAAAUAUUCUUAUCUUAUGAUUUGUUUUGUUAUCCAACUUGGAAUUCGUGAUGGCACCAUCGGAUCCUCAAAUUCCUCAAACGAUUCAAGUAUGUCCAACACCAAAUCCUCGGAAUAUACCUGUUAUGUUCAAGAUUUUCCAAAAUGUUCAAUACAAUGUUGUUCAACACAAAAAAUACGUUAAGGAAAUGACAAAAUUGUAUAAAAAGACUGAGCAAGAUGCAUUCCGAGAGAGCUUCAGAAAUGCCUUACAAUACUUAUUUACAUUUGGAGACACCAGUGCUAAUGUAGACAGAGUUAUACAAUUUGUGGCGACAUUUUGCACAAGUCUGGAUGAUGAAGAAGAAUUUCUUAUGUUUAUAUUUGAUAUCAUUUUCGACUUUCAAUGUGUUUCCGGACAAGCUGUAAGAUAUCGUGCGAGUCAGUUACUUGCUGCUGUGCUUGCUGCUCUGGGUAAUGAUGCAUCCCUUGAUGAUGACCUUUGUGACAAACUACUUGCUUCACAGAUGCAAAGAUUACAAGACACUAGAGGUGCUGUACGAUGUCGGGCUGGGCUGGCAUUACAGCGUUUGCAGAACCCUAUGGACCCUGAUGAUGAGGUCACCAGAGCAUACCGCUUCCAUAUGAGCUGUGACCCAAGUUCAUCCGUUAGAAGAGCGAUAGUAAUGUCAAUAGCUAAAUGCACACGUAAUGUGCCAUUUGUACUGGAGCGACUCUGCGAUGUGGACGAGGCGGUGCGUCGUGCGGCCUUCCUCUAUAUCUCGGCUAUGAAUGUUACACAGCUUAGAGUCAGACAGAGAGUGCUCACGCUUAAGGUGGGUCUUACUGAACGUAGUAUAAGAGUACGUAGGGUGGUAGAAGAGAUUCUAAUACCAGCGUGGUUGAGUUCAUUUGAAGGCAACAUAGUACAUUUGUUGAAAGCUAUACGUUUGGAUAACGCCUUGGAUGCUAAGGACUCUCAGUAUGUAGCUGGCAAACUACUAGAGUCACUUUUCAAACGUUUACCAAUAUCAGAGCUGUUGGAAUGGCUGCCAACAGAUAAGACUUUGAGAUUGAUUCCCGCGGAGAAGCUGAACAAGGAGACGGCGUGGUACUGGCGCCAUCUUGCAGAACACUUACAGAGUAUUGAUGAUGACGAAACAUUACAAACAGUGUUGCCAGAUUUGGUUGUACUUACCGGAUAUAUUAGAGCUAUAGUAGAGUCUCCAUGCCCUUCGGAGUCUGAAGAUCCUGUCGGGUUCAGCACGCGGCAGUACGUGCUGCAGGAGUUGGGGCUGAUGCUGCGAGUGUACGAUGUGUCUGAUCCUGCCGGCAGGACUUCUUUGCAGGAUCUAAUUGCGGAUGUGCUAACUGGUGACUAUGGCCCAUUAAAUCCAGAAGUGCUUCGUGCAUUCGUGAUGGCACUAGAGUUGGUAGUGCCUGACGUAUCAGCACGUAUGGAGGCUAUUAACACCAUGAUAUCGGCACUGCGCGACCCUGAGGAGGUCGAGGUGUCUCCAGUCCCACUACCUCCAGCUAUGGAGUCCACAGAAGUUAAGUUACAGAGAGCUAGGUUACGCGUGUCUCUCAAUGUGGCUAUGGAAGCUCAGGAAGAAGCGGUCAGAGAACAGAACUAUGCUCUCGCCGCAGAAUGCAAAGCAAAGGUUGAAGACAUACAGAAGAAGUUAGAAGAUUUAAAUAUCCAACCCGCACCUCCACCGCCGCCAAUUUUACCAACUAUCAAAGAAAGCAAAUCAGACGAAGCCACAUUGAAUAAAUGUCUCAUAAUAUUAAAUGCUGCUUUGGACACUCCACAGUUGACAACUUUGACGCCCAUUCUACGGAUGAUAUUUAAAGAUUUAGAGGUCGAGAUAUUUAAAAACAUUGAAAUACAAAUCAACGCUUUAGAAACAGUGGCACUGUAUGCGAUGUUAGACAAGGAAUUUGCGAAGGAGUACAAAUCAUUCUUCUUUGCUAAAUUAAUAGACACAAGUAAUGAGCCCUUAGUAACAACAGCUCUCCGUUGCGUUAUGGAUUUACUCUGCGUGCACGGAGUCACAGUGUUUGAUGAUGAGGCGGAUGCUGCAAAAGAAGAUUCCAGAAUGAAGAAGAGGCGUACCACUAACCGUACAAUUGAAGAUACUGAGGAUGAAGAGAGCAUUUCGGAGUCAGUGUUAUGUUUAAGUCCGACACACAGUACUGUUAUAAAAGUAUUAUUGCAACUCAUGGACAGCUCAUGUGCAUCAUUCAGACUUAUAAUAGUGGAAGGAUUUUGUCGUCUGAUUCACCUCGGUCAUUUGGAGUCCCCCUCUAUAUUGAGCAGAUUGUUGUUGCUAUGGUUCAAUCCAGCUACAGCGGAUGAAGACAUGCUGCGUCAAAUUAUCGGAGUUUUCUUCCAAACUUACCCAAUUAGUGUUGACGGAGCCCAGGAACAAAUACAGAAAGCAACAUUGCCUACAUUACGCGCGCUAGCAAACGCUCCCUCAUCUUCUCCUAUUGCUGAAAUAGACCAAGAAGCUGUGGUCCGGUUCAUCGUCUCACUCACAAGAGUCAACCAUGAACUAAUUGACAGUCAAGGCGGGAUGGCUGUCACGCUUUGCGGCGCGCUGUCACGCUGCCCGACGCGACCGGAGGCGCCACUGGCGUGCCGCGUGCUCGCGCUACUGUCGCCCCCGCGUGACGCUCAGGUCGCUGCUGACCUCGCUAAUACGCUGCGGGACCUCAUAACGAAUCUGACGGAAAAGCAAUCGACACGUAACCUGAUCAGAUAUCUGGGCUCCUUAGAAGCAAUGGAACGUUCCUCCUUAAACAAGAUAUCUACAACAGUUGCUUCAGAAGGAACUCUGCAAGUCGAAGACAGUUUGACUCAAACAAGACGAACUACGACUUCUUUACGUAAAUCGCGUUCUUUGUUGGAUCGAAGAAGACGUUACCCUAACUUUGUUUUAAAGUGGUAUUUAUCUCAACCGAUAGGUCGCAGUACACAUGUAAUUAUAAACGAAACGGUGGAAGAAGAACCAGAAAUCGACGAGACAUCGCCCACUGAAAUGCCUUCUAAAAUCUCUCAUGAGCCUGAACAUACAAACAUGAGCAUUCAAUCAAGUAAAAAGUCAACGGAGUGCGACACGGCCGCUGCAGAUCCUGAUGAAGUUCACUCUGACAGUAGUGGAGUAUCACCGGUUAAGAAACCUAAAGUUGUUAAAGGAAAGAAAAAGAAGUCAACGAACAAGAAAACAGAAAAAAGUGAGACUGAAAAGAAGACGCGGACCAAAAAGAAGACUAGCAAAGAGCAAGAAGAAGGAAAGGAGACGGAAAAAGGCAUAAAGAGGACCAGGUCGCAACGAUCUAUUGAAGAUGUAGAUAGAGCAAAACAACAAGUAUCCAAAGGUAAAAAGAAGACAUUGGCCAAAUCUCCAUCUCUUUCUCCCGCGGACGAUCAAGAGCGGUGUAACGUGAGUGUGAGAAGGACAAGAGAUACGCGUUCCUCCACCUCUACUUCACCACCCUCCAGUGGAGAGAAGAGUAACGGCAGUGAAAAGAAACAAGAAAAUAAAACAGGGAAUCAAGGUAAAGGAUCGACUCGCAGUAGUGCCGGUAGCUCACAAGAUUCAUUAUUUGAAGAUUCUGCUGAUGAAACGCAGCUGCACACUAUUGUAUAUGAUAAAGAAAUUGUCCAAUCUCUUCUAGAAGAUUCUAGCGAAUUAAUUGAUGCGAAACAAAAGUCGGGAAAUGUCACCAUACCAGAGACACCUAGUGGAAGUGAUGAUUCAGAUUCAGAACCUGAACCAGUGCCCAUAAAAGGGAAAGGAAAAACUAAAGGGAGAAAGAAAUGAUAGAAGAUAAUUAAUUUAAUAAGUUAUUUUUAAUUUGUCAAUAAAUAUUUACAGUUCCUUAAUAACAAAUAACA